AUGACCACCACUGCCGAUCCCAUUGCUGCUUCCGUUGACCCUGACACUUAUGGAAAGUCUGGGGAUACCGACAAGCAUCUUGAUGGCGUCAAGAAGCAAUAUGACACCAAGGAAAAGCUUGAAUUCUAUUCUCAAGUCAUGGGUGACGGAACCGACAAUAUCCACUUUGGUAAGUGGGAUAACAUUGAUCUAGAAGAAGCAGGUGCUUACGGAAAGGCAUCGGAGCAAAUGAGUGACUGGAUGUUGAACCUAGCACUAGAACUAUCACCCGAACUUAAGACAAAGGAAGAUUUCUCGUAUGUCGAUUUGGGCAGUGGUACCGGUGCUGCCGCCCUUCGAUUGACUGAAAUUAAUCCAUUUAUUGCCAAGGCCACUUGCUUGAAUUUGUGCGGUGAGCAAAAUAAUUUGGCCACCAAGAGAGCCGCUGAAAAAGGUCUCGAGAAGAAGAUCACCGUCGUCACUGGAACCUAUGAAAACUGCCCGUUUGACGACAACUCGUUUGAUUUGUCAUUUUCCCAAGAUGCUUUUGUUCACGCCUUUUCCAAGCUCAAGGCUUUCUCAGAAGCCUUCCGAGUGACCAAAUCUGGUGGUGUCUUUAUCUUUUGCGAUUUGAUGUGCGGUGAUGGGCCAGGAGUUUCGGACGAAGAAUUGGCCACCUUUGCCAAUACCAACAUGGUGAAUGACUGGUUGUCUCCUGAACAAAAUGUCAAGGCCUGCACAGAAGCUGGCUGGAAGGAUGCCACCUUUGUUAAUUUGACUACUGACAUUCGCAUCAGUUUUCAAUUAAUGUUGAAAAAGGUGGACCAAAUCCUGGAACGAGGUGGAGAUGGUAUUGGAUUGGAUCUGUUGGAAGCCUACAAAAAGAAUCUGUCUAAUCGCAUCACGCAAGUCGACCGUGGGGUCUUCAAGUGGGGUGUCGUUCACGGAAAGAAGCCAUAA